AUGUCAACAUCUUCUACCUCAGAUUUCUCUCCUUAUGGACCUGCCUCCUCCUCUUCCUCCUCUGCAUUAAACUUUAUCCCAGGCUCAUCGGCCACAGGACCUGCUUCCUCUCCGGAUGGAGGAGACUACUCAUCUUUCCAAACUUACCCAACUGGUACCGCCACCCCUGGUAGCUCAACAAGUAAUGCACCAUCCUCUUCUGAUGAUGGAUCUUCUAAAAAUACACUUUGGAUGGGAGAACUCGAGCCUUGGAUGGAUGAAUCUGCCAUUCGAAAAAUCUGGGCAAACUUUGGCGAGUCUGUCAAUGUCAAACUCAUUCGUGACAAGUUUACUGGUUCCAAUGCUGGCUAUUGCUUUGUUGAAUUCUCCAGCCCUGCCGCAGCUGCUAACGCUCUUCUUUUCAAUGGUCAACCUAUCCCAAAUUCCCAACGUGCUCUAAAGCUCAAUUGGGCUUCAGGUGGUGGUCUCUCUGACAAGCGCGAUGACAAGGGUCCUGAAUACUCCAUCUUUGUCGGUGAUUUAGCUCCAGAAGUUUCUGAACUUAACCUCCUUCUUCUUUUCCAAUCCCGUUACCAGUCUGCAAAAUCGGCCAAGAUCAUGACUGACCCUCAGACUAGCGCAUCUCGCGGCUAUGGCUUUGUCCGCUUCACUGACGAAUCCGAAAUGCAGCGUGCCUUGACUGAAAUGCAAGGGUUUUACUGCGGACCUCGUCCAAUGCGAAUUUCAACUGCAACCCCAAAAAGCAAAACUGCUACUACUGGUACUAUGAACCCUCCAAAUUCCACUGGGGCCGCUCCAUCAUUACUUGCAAAUAAUAGCUCAUCCUCAGCUACUUCUGCCUCUUCUACUCCAAACUCUACCGGUGCUUUUCAAAAAAUCCCUGUUCCUUCUGCCCAAGUAACCCAGCAACAACUCCCCCAGCAGUUUGCUCAAUCCAUUGCUAAUCAACCCGGUAAUGGUGGUGGCUUUUACGGAAUGGCACCAGGCUCUACUCUCAACCAGCAUAAUGACCCCAACAAUACUACAGUUUUCGUUGGUGGUCUUUCAAGUACUGUCACUGAGGAUGAGCUUCGCCACUACUUUUCCGGCUUUGGUGAUAUUACCUACGUUAAAAUCCCUACUGGUAAGGGCUGCGGCUUUGUCCAAUAUGUUCAACGCCAGUCUGCAGAAGCUGCCAUCACUCAGAUGCAGGGUUACCCUAUUGGAAAUUCCCGCGUGCGUCUCUCGUGGGGUCGUUCGCAAAACUCCUCUGGUAAUAUGAAUGGCCCAAGUAGUAACGGUAACAAUACCUCUUCAUCCAACAAUAACAAUAUGGCAUUAAAUCAAAAUACCCCCCUCAUUGGUUCUACCCCAUCUGCUGCCUCUGGCCUGGCGCAUCUCGGUGGUUUCCCAACUCAACAACACUACAACCUUGCGUCAACGCAACCGUACCGCCAAGGACCUCCUCCUUCUAUUUACCCCCAGAUGACGAUUCCUCCUCAGGCGCAACAAUUUAGCCCGUUUGGCCCGCUCAAUGCGCGUGCCGCUCACUUGCACCCUCAGCAACAGCAACCGUUGGCCAACGGUGCUAUUGCUAAUGGUGACAAUACUGCUGCUGCUAAUAUUCCAGGUGCAGUUUCUUCUUCUUCUAGAAAUAGCCUGUUUAUGGCUGGUGUACCUCCUCAGAUUGGUUCUGGCCCUGGUGCUGGUUCUGGAUCUUUGGCUACUGCUGUUCCUGGUCAAGACCCCUCUGAGCCUAUUCCUGUUGCACGCCUCAACGAGCUUUACCUUGCUGCUAGAGAUGGUCGCCUAGACCGUGUUGAAGGUGAUGGACGAGGUUACCAUGGGGUCUACGCUCAGUAA